AUGCGGUGGCCACGACCUGGGGCAGACUUUGGCCAGGCUGACCUCGGGAUUCGAGGAAGCCGCAUUGGCUUAACCAAGAAAUGUCCGAAAAAUGGUGAUUAUGCUGGGGUCCACACAGUCAAUGAAGACGGGCCGUUCAAGUAUCAAAUAUCAAGUGCACAGCAAGUAGCAGUCGCCAUGACAUAUCGUGGGCAUGCUCGUUCUGUCCCAUUCCGUCCUAUGCCACCAGAGAAUUUGUCCCCUCUCACGGGAUAUCCCGACGCCCGACAUGAUAUCUAUAAAUUUAUACCAACUAACUUCACAGAAAUCAAAAAGCCGAAAGCGAAAAUGUAUGAGGCUGGAUUUGUGUUCGCAGCAAGAACAAAAGAUACUGUAGAGAAAAUUCUUAAAUGGUACGUUCUCUGUGCUUUGGAGGAGGACUGUAUGGCUGGAAAUCAGGAAGAAAAGAUGCACUGUGGAUUUAAAGGCGAUCGAUUUUCAGAGCCACCAAAGUGUCACAGAUUCGACCAAUCAGUUGUCAACCUUCUGGCAGCAAACGCUUUCUACUAUGACAGACAUUACUACGCCAGCGAAAUUGUCGACUUCUUCAGUAUCGAGCGCAAACUACCGUCCUGA